AUGGCUACCCCUAGUGUCCUAGCUUUUGAUGCUGAGGGUCGCGCCAUUGAUUUUGAGGUCUGGUUAGACGACCUGCAGCUGUUCUUACAGUGCGACAGGGCUGACGACCUUUCUCUCUUUGAUCUCACCUCUGGCGCCUCUCCUGCUCCUGCUGCUGAUGCUGAUCCCGCUGUCCGCUCUAAGUGGGCCACCCGCGAUGCUGCUGCACGUCUUGCUGUGCUUGCGCGCUACUCCUCCCCUGCCACUGCUGCACUGAGCCGUCUCAUGCUUCCCUACCUCUUUCCUGACCUCUCUGCCUUUCCCACUGUCGCUGACCUCAUUACGCACCUCCGCACUAGUGACCCUCGCUACCGCGCCGCCCUUCCUGCCGAGUUCUGCGCUAAGAACCCCCCCCCCAUGUACAUCGCUCUCUACUACGUAGUCGCGCGCCUCCCUGACUCCCUUCGCGUCGUCAGGGACCACUUUCUCGCAGUCUGUCCCACCACCCUCACCGUCGACCUCCUCGAGAAGGCCCUCCUUGCAGCGGAGAAGAGCAUAGUCGCUGUAGGUGCUUCUCGUGGUGACCCUCGCACCCCCAUCUUUGAGGGGUGCUCUCCUUCCCCCUUGCUGCCCUCUGUUGCCUCUGCUGCUGCUGCCGACCUGCUUGGGGGGCAAGGGCGCGGGUGGAGCUGGAGGGGGCGGGUGGCGGUGGCGGCGGUGGCGGCGGAGGGAGUGGGGGUGGCGGCGGGACUAGUGGCGGGGGUGGUGGUGGUGGUGGUGGCAAGCAGCGGCGGAGACGGUGGUGGUGGUGCCAGCGGUGGUGGUGGAGGCAGCGGCGGAGGUGGAGGCGGCGGAGGUGGAGGCGGUGGAGGCGGCAGCGGAGGAGGCAGUGGUGGUGGAGGAGGUGGAGCUGGUCGGGGUGGUACCCAGCAGCGUAGCGGCGGUGGUGGUGGCCAGCGCUCGCACCGGCAGCAGCAGCAGCGCUCGCGGGACAUCCCCUCGCCUCAGCAGCUUCGUGAGUGGGCUGGUGUAGCGAUCUUUGAUCUUGAUUUUGAUGCUAUCCUUACUGCUAUGUAUGUUGUGGAUUAUAGUGAGGAGAAUGAGGGUUACCGUUGUUUCCAGCCCGACCCGGGCAUUGGUACUGCUGCGCUAGGUGCUUGUGAGGCUACUGCUCUAGGUGCCAGUGCGUCUGCGCUCUCAGGUACUGGUGAGACUGCGCUCUCAGGUACUGCGUCGUCCUCGUCCUCCCUCACUUUCACACUUGACUCCGGAGCUUCUCACUCCUUCUUUCGAGACCGCACUACCCUUACGCCGCUCGGCCGGCCGGUUGCAGUCUCCCUUGCUGACCCCUCUGGAGGUCCUGUCCUGUCUCACUUCUCCACUAUCCUCCCGUGUCCGGCUGCCCCUUCGGGCACCCUGUCGGGUCUGUACCUUCCCUCGUUCUCCACAAACUUGGUGAGUGGAGCGGACCUGCAGGAUGGGGGUGUUCACCAGUUCACUCCUGCGAGUCAGCGGGUGACCCACUGCACGGAGGCACGCACAGGCCGACACCUGGCCACGUUCUCGCGUCGGCCGAGGUCGAGUCUCUACACCCUGACCGUUGAGUCUCCUCCUGUCCCUGCGUCUGGUCAGGUGGCUGCGUCGGGUCAG